AUGGUCAAAGUUCUUCUCACAGGUAACUAUUUUCGAGAGGCCGUGAAAUCGGACCCUCCUUUUGAUUAUGUACUUCAUACCGCAUCGCCUUUCCACUUCAACGUCCAAGAUCCCGUGAAGGAUUUCCUUGAUCCUGCAAUCAAGGGCACCACUGGUAUCUUGAAGUCCAUCAAGGCCUAUGCUCCUUCCGUAAAGCGCGUGGUCGUUACAUCAUCCUUCGCUGCGAUUGUAAACCCUAGUGGACACCCGAAGGUCUACGACGAGACGGUGUGGAACCCGAUUACCUGGGAAGAGGCUUUGGACCAUUCUCGAGUAUACAGAGGCAGUAAGACCAUCAACACUUCAAAUCAGCGGAUCUUGGACUUGGUUCGUGGGAAAUACAAGGAACAGCUCCCUCCGACAGGUGUGAUGUUCUGGGUCGAUGUUCGUGAUGUUGCACUGGCACAUGUCAAGGCCAUUGAAGUCUCCGAAGCCGGAGGCAAGAGAUUCUUUGUCCUCGAGGGCUUCUUCUCUAAUAAGAAGAUCGCCGAUGUCAUCCGCGAGACUCACCCCGAGCUGGAUUCUAAACUACCACCGAAGGAUGCGGAGGAUGAUUCAAUGGAGGGUACCCUUGAGUUCAGUAACAGUAGAUCGAAGGAGCUUCUAGCGACCACUCCUGCGAAAUCUACCUCCGAUAGAUCGUCACGACCCGUUGUGAGAGUCCAAGCGCUAGAUACCUAUGAACAUGUCACCGACUUCGAAUCUGCAGCCGAUCACACUGUGACCCUCGAGAAGUUCCAGGAAUUACACAUGCCAAUUUCCCUUCCUUCUCGGGUCAAUUACGCAACUAGCAUUGUUCCUAGACACCAGAGUCCAUUUGAGACUCAUGUCGACAACACACACACUAGCCAAGCUUUGGAAGAGCCUGGCGCCAGGCAAUAUAGACACGCGGGACCUUGGCUGAGCGGUCAAUCUGGUACUGAGUUUGAAGCAUACUUGAAGGAAGUCAAGCAGCGAAAGCCACAAUUACUGCACAAACUUCGGGAGCAGUUCGAUGCUAAGCGCUUUGCGGAGGCCAGGAAGCAAGCCCAGGACAAGGGGGAGGACUUGGAAGCUCUUCAGGCCCCCCCCAAGAGCACAGAUGCAGAGUUCCAACGAUACCUCAAGUCUCUUAGAGAGAACCCACUUGCUAUGGGCCCUGGAUUGUUCGAACUUCUGGACCUGCCAUCGUCUCCUGCGGUUCCUAGCGAGCGAAUUGGGCGGAAGUAUUUCCAGUCUCCAGGCACCCAGCUCUCAUCCGCCGAAUACGCCGUGAGUGGACCUCCUAAGACGCACCCAUCUGCCGGUCUCUCCUACACCCGGUCCCACGCCUUGACAUACAACCACCCCCGGUAUGGGCCCCAAGCUUUCCAGCGCCCAGUUGAAGCUCGUAUCUUGCGACCAAAGGGUCGUUUCAAGGGACGGCCAUCCAAGGCCAUCGCGGGUAUUGGUGGUAUAGCCGUAGAGGAUCUGAACGCAAUGACCUUUGCCGACCAGGGUACCCUUCCGGGUCUCACCUUCUUUGACGCAACCAUUCCCGGUGGUGCCAAGUACUGGGUCACUCCUAUCCGAGCUGCCAUCGACUCGGAGGGCAAGAUCAAUCUUUCCUCUUACCGAGCCAGUGCCAACGCGAAGGCGCCAUACGAAAUCGAAGACUACAAGAAGCCUGCGACUACCACUAUAUCUGAGGUCGCCAGUCGCGAGGCGUCCGUUGUUCCUCGACUGGACGCUCGCGUACACAACCUGGGACGUAACCGCCCGUCUGCAAGCCCUCGCGAACGGUCUUCGCAGCCUAUGCAGGGAACACAGGAUAUUGCCAAGAAUCUUCUGAAGAAUCUGAAGGCUCGUUGA